CUUAACCCCUUCUUUCCCUGUCGUCUCGUCUCUCUCUCUCUCUCUCUCUCUCUCUCUCUCCCUUUCUCUGUCUCUCGUGCUGUCACGGAGAAGAACGAACAGACAGAAGAACCGGAGAACCCUCCCAGCCUCGACCUGACCCUCCUCCGCUUCAAUUGUUAGAGUCGCAGGGGAGAGAGACGCAGCAGAUACUGGGUCGGGUUCAUCGGCCAGCAUGGUGCCCAGGGACAUGGUACAAGCCACCGCCGCCGGUGCCGUCGGGAGGCGGCACGUCCAAGGGCCUGUCAUGAACAAGAAGCGUGAGAAGAAGGCCCCAAAGAAAGCCCACAAGUCGGAGAGGGAGAAACGCAACCGGGGCACGCAGAAUGACCUCUUUACUGAGCUGGGAGCCAUGCUAGAACCAGAUAGGCAGAACAAUGGGAAGGCAUGCGUUUUGGGUGAUACUACACGGAUACUAAAAGAUUUAGUUUCACAAGUGGAAUCUCUUCGAAAGGAGAAUGUCACACUGAAGAAUGAAUCUCAUUAUGUUGUGUUGGAGAGAAAUGAACUGCGUGAUGAUAACAGCAUACUUCGCAAUGAAAUCUUGGAGCUUCAGAAUGAGCUUAGAGUGCGGCUGCAAAGCAACCCCAUCUGCAGCCAGGGUACUACAAGACCAGCUCCCACAGUUUCUUACCCCACAGGCAGAGCGUUCCCAGUACAGCAACAUUUGGCACAUCUACCCGUCAUCACCACGAUGACACUUCCUCUGCAACAACCUGUAAUCACUGAGCAAUGCUAUGCUGCCCCACCGCGAGAGCUACAGCUCUUCCCAGAAGCUGCAUCUGCAUCCACUGAAGACAGCGAACUGUCACAAGACCAGGGGAUUUCAAAUAAUGUAACACGACCACAGGCAAGGUACCCAACACCAAUGGCGAUGUUGCCAGCAAACCAAUUUCCAAUCCCUUCGACAACUGGAGACGAGCAACAAUGUAGCAGUGGAACCAGCGAGGAAGAUCGUCGACGCAGUGUUUAAAUACAUAACGCGAAAUUUGCUUCACGGUUUGAAAAGUUUCUUAGCUUUAGCAUGGGUGGAGGUGCAACAUAUAUCUGUGCCUGUGUAUGAAUGUGAACUCCAGAGUCUUUUCAAUCUUGGUCGUAACUGGUUAAUGGUAACACCGUGACAGUAACAAAUGUGUGAUACACCUGAAUCCUCUGUAUGAUAUCUGUACAUGUAUGGGUUGCUCUCAGCACCGUGACAGUAACAAAUGCGUGAUACGCCUGAAUCUUCUGUAUGAUAUCUGUACAUGUAUGGGUUGCUCUCUGCAAAAA